UCCGAACAUGUUCUUACAUCCGUCCGCAGUGUUUUUCGAUUGAUUUCCUUUCCCGUUUCGAUGUUUUUUUUUUUCCAGUGUUUCGCACAGGAGCGCCUAGAUCUUUAGACAUUGCUUCAAGUUUAAAACUAGUUCAAUGGUCAAAAAACGCGUGACACAAGCGUUUGUGGCUCCUCGUCUAUCCUUUUAGCUCAUGGACGUGUUUGGUGUGAACGGUCCUUAAAGCAGCCGAACAGGGACGAACAGCGCAGUCUAUUUUUAUUCUUAUUCCUGCAGAAAUAACCAGCUAGUGGACGAGAAUCCCUCUUUGAGCUCACAUUGGACCAAGCAUCACAAUUGUACCCAAACCUGUUAGUUAUUCUCUUAACCAUAAUCCCAGUUCUGCAUUCAAUGCCUAACACUGUGGAAAGUGAAGGCGCCAAGGUAUCUACUAAUACUAAUCAGGAGGCCCCUUCACGGGCCCCAGGCAGAGAGGAUGAGUGCAGCUUCAUGAGCCCCUUGUCACGUGAUGCGCUGCGGGCACGACGGGCCUCCAGUGCAGAGCUCCAGCUUCCACGGACCUGCCCUGUAACACACUCCCGGGAGAAGUUCUACACAGUCUGCUCGGACUACGCACUGCUCAACCGAGUGAGACCCAUCAUCGCAUCUGAAGAUGCGCCACCAACCAAACCAGACAGCGGGACAUCAUUACUCAAACCAAACACUGGGACCCCUUUGCAGAGUCACUCUGGGGGAAUCAGCGUGUCUUUAGAUGGCAAUUGCGAUAUGGAGGUUGUGUCAUCCAGCAACAAGCCUGUGCUGGCCUGGGAGAUUGACACUUCUGAUUUUGAUGCAGUUUUAACCCGAAAAUCCAGAACAAGUAAUUUAAUGAAAUUAAACUCAAAGAAAAUUAAAUCGUCAGACAGGCCCAGCAGAAAUCUGCAAGAUCUCUCACCUCAAGCCUCUGUGGAGGAGAUCAAACAGAGAAAAGUCUUGGACCUCCGUAGAUGGUACUGUAUCAGCCGUCCGCAGUAUAAAACUUCAUGUGGAAUCUCUUCACUUAUCUCUUGCUGGAACUUUCUAUACAGUACUUUAGGAGCAGGCAGCCUCCCACCCAUUUCUCAAGAAGAAGCCCUCCACAUACUUGGUUUCCAGCCUCCGUUUGAAGAUAUCAAGUUUGGACCGUUCACCGGCAAUGCCACUUUGAUGCGAUGGUUCAGACAAAUCAAUGAUCAUUUUCGUGUCCGAGGAUGCUCUUAUAUUCUGUACAAACCUCAUGGGAAGCACAAGACAGCAGGAGAGUCAGCCGAGGGGGCUUUGCUGAAGCUGACCCAGGGACUCAAAGAUGAAUCUAUGGCCUACAUUUACCACUGCCAAAAUCACUACUUCUGUCCUGUGGGCUAUGAAGCUACACCACUAAAAGCAGCCAAAGCAUACAGGGGGCCAUUGCCUCUUAAUGAGAUGGAGCACUGGAUUCUCAUUGGCGAAUCAAGCAGAAAACACCCUGCAAUCCACUGUUCCAAUUUAAUUAGGUGGGCUGACAUUGUGACAGAUCUGAACACUCAGAACCCAGAAUAUUUUGACAUUCGCCAUAUAGAGAGAGGCAUUCAGUAUCGUAAAACCAAGAAGGUAGGGGGGAAUCUGCAUUGCAUCAUGGCCUUCCAGAGAGUGAACUGGCAAAAGUUGGGACCAUGGGCACUGAAUCUGGAAAACCUGAGGCAUGAUCUCCACCAUCAGUCUUCAGAACACAGAGGUCAAGCAGAAUCAGAGGACAGUUCUGAAGAGAGAGCAGUGAAACGCCUGGGCCGUUCCAUCAGUACUGGGAUCCAGAAGUCAGAAAAUGCCUGGAAGCGUUUGUCCAACACAUCUGAGUACAGGCACAGAGGCUCUCCAGACAGUGACUUAGAUGAAGAUGUCCAACCCUCCUGAUG